AUGGAUGUGGAUGUGAAGGAACAGAAGCCACUUCAACGACCCCGCGAUGAAGCUAUGCCAGCUGCGACCCCGCCGGUAGCUGCUGAUGUUAAGCAGCCUCCACUGGAACCGCAGCGGAAGGAGCUGGAUUCAAGCAAGCAGCCCGCGCAACCUGUCGCGCGCCCACCGCAGGAACCCCAGCCUCUGGCCGCGCCGUCGGUACAGCCCGUCGAACUGCCACCGACAAACAAGGCAAAGCUCCAGCAACAGCCUCAGCCUCAGCCACUGCCGCAACAACAACCUCAACAGCCGUUACAACCGGCACCUCGUCCUCAGCCCAACCCUCAGGUAGCGACAGGUCGGCCGCCUCAGCAGCCACCAGCCCCGAAUGGAAAGGCGUUCCCGACACCAUCACAACCAGCUAUUGUGCCCAAGAAUGCCCCUGUAAACCACGCACCAGCGGCCGCGCCACCGGCUCCGUCGCCAAGACCGCCCAAUGCCUCAGUUCCCAGCCCGGGUGUCGCACGCCCUCCCGCUGUUACACCUUCGCAAGCUCCACAGAAAGCAAGUGUGCCAGUCCCUUCCACCCCGCAACAGCCAGUUCUGGCCAGCAAGCCCUCUGCCAAGGAAGGACAGUCUGUUCCAGCUGCUAGCCCGGCGCCUCAGCGACCUCCGCCCCAGGCUAGUUUCCAGCAGUGGUCUCUAAACAAACCUCCACAAACGCCACAACCUCCCCCAGCAUUCGCAAAGCCGAAACCAGAGCCGACGAACGCCGCUGUUUCUGGGCGACCGGUUCAGUCUCCCUUCCCUCCACCCACCCCAGCCUUCGAAAACAAGAAGGGACCGCAAGGACCACGCCCAACACCUGCUCCGUCAACUCCAGGACCUGUGCCUGCGACCGCCCACACACCUGCCCAGAACAUUCCACCACCCGCGUUCCAGACCCCGGUUGGACCUGCGCAGGGUUCCAUCCUUUCGCGGCCACCGAGCACGCGGCCUCUCCGGCCUUCGAUCGACACGGGCGUUCUUACACCUGGCUCUCUCACACCAUGGAAGCGGACUCCACGGCUGAGUAUCCCCCACUCUCCUCGUUCGCCCGAACGGCCACGGCCUGAGGAGAUCAGUCCUAUCAGUGAGAAAGCGCCGUCUUUGCCGGGUUCUCGUGAGCCGACACCAGAGGAGCCUGAGCCCCGCCGUCGAAAGCGGAGGACCGAGACGAAAGGCAAUGGAACUGGCGCUGAUCAGACACUGUCGAUUGAUGCAGAGAGCAAGGGAGGGACUAAACGGAAGAGUGAGAGGGGAACGCUGUCUAGCGGUAAGGACCGUGACAGAAGCACAGCGUCGUCCCGAAGCCGAGGAAGGUCUGUGUUGUCGCGGGACGAAGAGUCCACAGCGGAUACGGGGACUGGCUCCCAGGCGAAAAUCAAGCAUGAAGUACCCAGUACUCCAGCUGGUAUCUCAGAAAUGGCAGAGCCCGAACGUCCUUCGGUCAGUCGGCCGAGCAGGGGGCGGCCGAAGCGCAAGCGUGCUCCGAGUGAGAGCCUAGAGGCCGAACCUACUCAGUCGGAGCUUAGCCAGCUCACUCGCGUUGAUCCUAAUCAGUCGACGUCGUAUGUAGUCUGCGCGCGCAACUUCCCCCGGACCGGAGCUCCCAUCAUGAGUGAGCUUAGCAUGCACAAGGUUGCAGGCACCUUUUCAAAGCCGCUGACAGAACGUGACGCACCGGGAUACCGCGAUCUUAUCUACCGGCCGCAAGAUAUCAAGACCAUCAAGUCGCUGAUUCACCAGGGUAGCAGGGCGCUGGCGGCAGCUACAGAGGCCGCGAGCACACCGGCAGGCGACGGGGAAUCACCGGCGCCGGGUACAGGGACUCCUUCGAAGAAUGCAGUCCUUAUGUUGCAAAAGACAGAGGACAUUAUUCCCCCGAAGGGUAUUGUGAAUUCGGCGCAGCUGGAGAAGGAGUUGAUCCGUAUGUUCGCCAACGCCGUGAUGUUUAACCCUAUCCCUCAACGUGGCUUUGGGCCUGCCUUCCCUAUGAUCAGCGAUAGCGGGUCAAGAGAGAGCACGCAGGUUCCCGAACAGGAAGAGGGCGGUAUCAUCAAGGAUACGCUGGAAAUGUUCGAAGAUGUCGAGCAAGCCGUUACGCGAUGGCGCGCGGCGGAGCGGACGGCGGACGAGUUCGCCAGCAAGAGCAUCCUCUCGCUGCGGCGAGGAAGUGCCAGUGACCUCAACACGGAUAGUGCGGAUGAGGUCAAAGGGUCAUGA